AAGGCAACUUCCGGUUGUCUGAGGAAGCUGAGGAGGGCGCUAGAGGGCAAUCGUUUCCCUUUUCGUUUACGGCGUUUUUAUUUGCCCGCGAGACCCGCGUCGAAAAAGUAUUUGUACAGCACGCUCACUCGCACCAAGUAACACGAUGAGUUUCGACGUGAAGAAAUUGAAAGUGAACGAGCUGAAAGACGAGCUCCAGCGUCGCGGCCUCGAGGCCAAUGGCCGAAAGGCGGAUCUCGUAGAGCGGCUCAAGGCUGCGCUGGAAGAGGAAGCCCUCGCGGAGUCACCGGACGGAGGGGACGAGGAGCAGGGUGACGAUGGCGGGGAGGGCUACGAAGUCGAUGAUGACAUGGAUGAUCAGCAAGGUGAGGAUUUUGCUGAAGGUGACGGCGAUGCGCUGCUUGAGGAAGACGAGGGCAGAGAUUCGGGCGGCUACUACGAAGAAGACGAGGUCAAACCGGAGAUGGAGUCUGAGCCGUACGAGAGUCGGCCGGCAUCCGACUCCGGCCACAGCGCGCCAGACCUCAGCACCCAGAACGUCAGCGCCCAGGACCUCAGCGCUCAGGACCUCAGCGCUCAGGACCUCAGCGCUCAGGAUCUCAGCGCGCCAGACCUCAGCGCUCAGGACCUCGGUGCGGAGGACCUCAGCGCGCAGGACCUCCGCACACCGGAACUCCGCGUGCAGGACCUCAGCGCGCAGGAUCUCAGCGCAGAUGCCGACUUAAGCGCAGACGCUGACUUCAGCAGAGACGCAGACCUCAGCAGAGACGCGGACCUCAGCAGAGACGCUGAUCUUCCCCAAGCCGCUGCCAUCAAUGAGGCAGAAGUCAAAAUUGAACCUCACGAGGAAAAAGACAUCGAGCUCAAACAAGAAACUAAAGAAGACAUCAAGGUUGAGGACACACCAGAGGCGGCAGGUGAUGAUGGGUCAGAGAGCCGUGGGUCUGAGCCCAAACGCGAACAAGAUGGUGACGGUCCGGCAGAGCAAGUGAAGAUGGAGUCAGAGAGAAGCGGACAGUACGGCCGAAAGCGACCGCACGAGGACAACAGGGGCUACAAUUACUACGAGCAUCGCGAGGAAAAGAGGUCUCGGACGCCACAGCCACCGGCGGAAGACGAGGAAGAGAACAUUGAUGACACUCUCGUUACUAUCGACACAUACAACUGCGAUCUGCACUUCAAAGUGUCCCGGGAUCGCUACAGCGGCUACCCGCUGACCAUUGAGGGCUUUGCUUACCUGUGGGCGGGAGCACGUGCCACCCACGGGGUCACUUGUGGCCGCGUGUGCUACGAGAUGAAGAUCAAUGAGGAAAUUCCCGUCAAGCACCUUCCCAGUUCGGAGCCGGACCCGCACGUCGUCCGGAUCGGAUGGUCCCUCAACCACUGCAGCACUCAGCUUGGAGAGGAGCCCUUUUCCUUUGGCUUCGGCGGAACGGGAAAGAAAGCAACCGAGUGUAAAUUUUCCGACUACGGGGAAAGAUUUGGCGAAAAUGAUGUCAUCGGCUGCUACAUCGACUUUGACCAAGGCGAAGAAGUGGAGAUGGGAUUCUCCAAGAACGGCGUGGAGCUCGGCGUCGCCUUCAAAACCACCAAGGAGGCUUUGGCGGGCCGUGCGCUCUUCCCCCACGUGUUGGUGAAGAACUGCGCCGUGGAGUUCAACUUUGGACAGAAGCAGCCUUACUUCCCGCCGCCCAGCGGCUACACCUACAUCCACAGCGUGGCCCUGGAGGACAAAGUCCGAGGCACCAAGGGACCUGCCAGCAAAGGCGAAUGCGAGAUUCUGAUGAUGGUGGGCCUGCCCGCCUGCGGAAAGACCACCUGGGCAAUCAAGCAUGCAGAGACCAACCCUGAGAAGAAGUACAACAUCCUGGGCACCAACGCCAUCAUGGACAAGAUGAAGAUGAUGGGCCUGCGACGCCAGAGGAACUACGCCGGGCGCUGGGACAUUCUGAUCCAACAGGCCACGCAGUGUCUCAACCGCUUGAUCGAGAUCGCCGCUCGCAAGAGACGCAACUACAUCCUGGACCAGACAAAUGUAUAUGGAUCAGCAAGGAGACGAAAAAUGCGUCCUUUUGAGGGUUUUCAACGCAAGGCUAUUGUAAUUUGUCCCACGGACGAGGAUUUUAAAGAGCGAACUUUAAAGCAAACCAAUGAGCAGGGGAAGGAUGUGCCCGAUCAUGCUGUGUUAGAAAUGAAAGCCAACUUCACCUUGCCCGAAACCUGCGACUUCCUGGAAGGGGUCACCUAUGUUGAGCUGCAGCAGGAAGAUGCCGAGAAGCUGCUAAAGCAGUACAACGACGAGGGGCGCAAGGCAGGGCCCCCGCCUGACAAACGCUACGACAACCGGCAGGGCGGCUAUCGUGGCCGUGGCAGCUUCCCGCGCUACGACAACCGCGACUCACCCCGCGGGGGCUACCAGAGCCGCGGUGGAGACUCGGGUGGAUACAGAGGUUACAAUCGGGGAGGCUACGGUCAGAGCCGCUGGGGCAACAACGGUAACAGCUACCGUGACGGCGGCUCCGACUCCCGCUCUGGAUAUCGCGGACAGUCGUCAGGAAGUAGUUACAACCGGCCAGUUCCUUACAACAAAGGCGGCUACAACCAGGGCUACGGCCACGGCUACAACCAGGGCGGCUACAACCAGGGUGGCUAUAACCAGAACUACUACGGCAACUACAGUCAGUACCCGGGCUACAGCCAGAGCUACAGCCAGCCGGCCGUCGGCGCCCAGUCGUACGCCCACCACCAGCCCCCCGCUCAGCAGCAUCAGGCCCCACCGCAGCAACAUCAGGCACCCCCUCAGCAGCAGCAGCAACAGCAGCAACAGCAACAGAGCUACAACCAGCAGUAUCAGCAGUACGCUCAGCAGUGGCAGCAGUACUACCAGAACCAGAGCCAAUGGAACCAGUAUUACAGCCAAUACGGCGGCUACCCUGGACAGGGUAGCCAAGGCUCGUCUUCCGGAUCCCAGUAGCUCCCUACUACCCCUGAGCCACUUUGGUGUGCUGACCCCCCUCCCCACCCCUAUUCUUCACCACCUUGUUUUUUCCCCCCACUCCCUUUAAAUCAAUCUUGUAUGAAGCCGUGGCGUGGUGAUAGAUGCUAGCUAGCCCCGUGCUAACCCUUGCAAUGCUUUGUGCGGAUGAGAGAAGUGCUGGUUUGUAGACGCACCAGUAAACAGUUUAGGUGGGGGGAGGGUUGAGGACAAAAGCAUGCUUUUUACUUUUCGUUGACUUUUUUUUUUUUUUUUCCAGUCACACAUCACCAAACCACCCUUUUAGAAGCCGUCGUAUUAAGGCGUUGACACUUUUUCAGUAGAAGCAUUUUGCUUUUUGUUGUUUUAAAUCUUCUCGUGGUCAUUGUAGUUCAUAUUCCAUUAUGUUUCCCGCAAAUUUUCUUUUCUACCAGUGUGAAAAAUAUGAUCAGUUUCUUGUCUUUCUACAAUAAAUGCAGUUGUAUACACCUGAA